AUGGAGGAACGUUCGGCCGACGUGCAUCCACAGAGCCAACGUACGCGCGCACCAGCCGCCCUCACCGUCGCGCAGGACGAACGAGACGAGGUCAUGGCGGGAGUGUCCUCGUACGCACCGCCAGCCGGAGUGAUCUCUGAUCUGGCGCAGACAGAUGCCCGAGAUGUCAUGGGCCGCAUGAUUGCGUACCGCACGCAAAAAGCCGGGUUUGCAGGCGCACGUCGUCAGGCGAUGGAGCGUAUGGAGGAGUUGGUCGAUACAUUCAUGGAAACGCUCCUGCAAAGCUGUGCACAGUUUUCCGAGCUAGCGAAUCGUCAUGACCCCACGUUGCAUGACGUAUUGCACACUUUUGAAUUGCUAGGCGUGAACUUGGCCGAGUUGGCCGAGUUUUCGCAACAGACCCAAAAAGAGGAGACUCGCGCAGAGAUCGCAGUUGCGACGCCGCGGGAAGGUACAGAGGCUUGGGAAGAUCCAUCGCGUCAUUUCCUUCCGUGCCGUGAGAAGGAGGAGCAGGAAGAAGCGUCGACGUGGUCAACGUUGAUGCAUGACAUUGUCCCGAAUCAUCUGCCAGCAGAACCGCCCCGUCACUGCUGGAUGUCGACGCCAGUGUAUGCAACGGAAGUGCUCUCCGAGAUGCCCGUCUUGCAGUUGGUGAAUCGCAAGUUGGAGAAUGCACGAUUGGUCGAAACAUCGUUACGCCAGCUCAUUAAGAACACGGAUGCAGCAGCCCCUGCGAAAGUAUGGAUACCCAGUGAGCCAGGCACCACCAGCAAGGAUGCUAUACUACCGACGUCCGAGGCUAUGGACGAAGAUGAGACGAGGGCAUCAGCCCCCGCUCAGCCGUUCGAUGGGUGGAACGCGCCGAGCACGGAGCCGGGUGUGGCGCACGAGAACAAACGUGGCGUCUUGCCACGCGCUGUCAACUACAAGGCGUCCUGGUACGCCUCUCUCUCGUCGAACGAUAGCAAACUCCCGAUGGCCAACCUGUAUACGGCGCGCCUUCGUGGGAACGUCGAUGACCCGCCACGCCGUUAUGUUGUAAAGUAA